AUGGAUUUGGACGAAUGGAUUCACGAAGCGAAUGAAUGUGUUCAUAUCAAUCUGAGACGUCCCUCAGAGAAAGCUGAGCGGGUUUUCGAUGAAUCAUUCAAUCCAGAAUUCACAUACCCUAUCCUCGGUGAAGAACAAAAGAUUAUCGGAUACAAAGCUCCCAGGAUAGCUCUCGAGUUUCGCGCAAACGAUAUGAAGCCGACCCUCGAUGUUCAAUUCAAGCAGAAAAUAGAUCUGAGCACCAUGCUGCCAGACGGUGCUGAACAGGUUGACAUUGAGGCUGCGUUUGACUCGUUCAUUCCAACACCUUCGUCUGAACCAAGCGAGAAAGAUCCCGAAUCCGCAUCAUGGACACCUCCAGGUACUUUGUCGCAGAAAUUCGAGAGACAUGGGAAGAAAUACGAAAUAUGGAAGGCAAGCCUCGCAGAUCCAGCUGCCUUGGAGAUCUGGCGAAACAUGCAGAUCCUGGUUCUUCUCUACAUUGAAGGCGCGUCGAUGUUGGAACUAGACGAGGACUGGACAUAUGAAAGGUGGACGCUGUAUCUUCUUUACGAAGUCACUCCCCUAUCAGACUCAUCCGUGUCGCCAUAUAGCUUAGCCGGAUUUUCUACUACGUACCGAUACUGGAUAUUUCCAACUACCGGCAUCAAGAAGGCAUUGAACUCGAUCCCGUCGCCUCCAGCAAGUGCCAACGAAGAUACCGCAUCCACGGAGCCUGGCAAAUUCCCCUUUGCCGAGCAGAUUGAUCCUCUCCAAGAGCCAGCACGUGAACGCAUUUCUCAAUUCCUCAUCCUUCCACCAUACCAGGGUCAGUCGCUCGGAUCCAGGCUAUACACCACGAUAUUUGGAGAGCUCGUGAAGCUACCGAAUAUCUACGAGAUACCCGUGGAAGAUCCGAGUGAGACAUUUGACAAAAUGCGGGAUUAUGCCGACAUCGACUAUCUCCGCACAGUCCCUUCAUUUAGUGCGCUUGCCAUUGCUUCCACAUUGCCUGCUGAGAACCUCAAGAAGGAUUCGCCCGUUUCUCGGGACCAAAUCUUUAAUAAUGGCGGUGAUAUCAACGCUUUACGUCUCGAGACUAAGAUUGUGAAGCGUCAGUUCAACCGGAUGAUGGAGCUCCACCUGCUCUCGACAAUACCCUCACCCCACCGUACUGCUGCCAGGAUCACGCGCAAGGAGAAAGCGAGCAAUGAAAACGAUCGCAAGUUCUACUUCUGGCGCUUGGCUGUUAAGGAGCGGAUAUACCAACAGCACGCGGAUGCACUUGGUCAAAUUGAGGAUCCAUCUGAGCGAAUCGAGAAGAUUGAGGGUGCCUUGGAAAGCCAACUUGAGGAGUAUAUCGAAAGAUUGGAAGGCCUAGAGAAGCGUUCCAAUGGAGAUAGUUCUGCUUCUGGCGGCCCAGCACCCGGAUUGCUCAAGAGAAGACACAAGAGGGUCAUCGAGGAUGAGGACGACUGGGAAGACGAAGACGACGAGUCUGUCAGUUCUAAGAGAGCACGAGUUUGA